CCUGCAGUGCCUUCAAUAGCUUUUUGACAGAUAGUGAAAUUUCUUUUUCGAGGAAAAUUCAAGCAAUGUAACUAAGUUUUUAUCUGUGCAAAAUCGUGCAUAGAUUCAUUGAAGUGGAAUAAAUACUUGGUGACUUAAGAAUAUGGAGCCAAGCACUAAGCGGAUUAAGCUUGACAGCAGUCAUUCGACGGACACCACAUCAUUUCAAAUAAAAUCAAUUCUUUCGGAUGAGCUGUUAAAAACAAUCGAUACGGUCGAUGUUUAUACGAUGUCUAUAAAUGACAGUAAAAACACAUCCGAAAUUAUGUUGGAAGUGAACAGAUUGUUACCCGUUCCAAAUUUACAGCAUUUGAAGCGAAUCAAGAAAAAGGAUAUGAUUCUGUGUCCGGUUAAGGAUGUGGCUAAUUUCCUAAAAGAAGAUGAGGCGUUUUUUGAAAGAGUAAGACAUAUUUUACCAGACACAGUGCCAAAGAAAUCUGUAGACGAAACAGUCAAAUGGUUGCUAGACUUGUCAUCGGAAUCAAGUAGCAACAAAUCCAUUUUAUCCGAAUACCUUCGAGCAAAAGGAUUUAAAGAAGAAAUGACCGAGAAAUUAACAACGAACGUAACCCUAUCACCAGUUCCAUCGAUUCAACCAAAAUUACGUUGGCAGUAUAGCAUAGCUACGGAACAGUGGCCUUGUAAAUUCCAUCUGAAUAAACAACUGGAAAACUUAUACAGCCACAACGUGUUUAAUGAAAAUGAGAAAAAUUUCCAUAUCCAAUUCAUGGAGCUAAGUUUGUUUAUUUCGUCCAAUGCGAACGACAAAAGUGUUGGUGUCAUUGUCGAUCCACGUAACAAACACAUUGUAGCUGUCGGUGAAACUCGAAUAGAUUUGCAUCCGUUGAUGCAUUGUUCAAUGGUGUUGAUUGACAUGGUUGCUCGAUCACAAAACGGUGGUGCUUGGAGAGAGCUGGAUAUUAGUACUGAUCAUAUCGACGAUGACUCGUUCAACCACAAUGGAAUUGACUCUGACAUUAGGACUCUCAUUGGAACACAGUUUUCAGUAAAAUUUGGUGCACAAAAACCAUCAUCUGUAGCGGCACCAACAUUGCUACAGACUAAUGAUUCAACAUCAGCCGACAAUUUGUCAAAGUAUGGACCGUAUCUAUGUACUGGCUACGAUGUUUAUUUGACUGAUGAACCUUGCAUCAUGUGCGCGAUGGCUCUGGUGCAUAGUCGAGCACGCAGAAUAUUUUUCCACAGACCGAACGCGAAUGGAGCUUUAAAAACCUUGACUAAACUGCAUACCAUCAAAGCACUUAACCACCACUAUGAAGUUUAUCAAAUUUCCUGAACCAUAAUUAAGCACACGAAUAUGUUACAAUAAACAUUUUUGCCUUUACACAUCACGUCUGCGGUGUAACAAUAAAUUUGUGGUAAUUUUUAUUUGCUGCUUUGAUUGGUUCAUUUUUUUUUGUUGAAUAAAAUGAAGACGUAAGAAACAAUGAACUUAAAGUAGUUUUUUGUUAGUCUGAAAUGGUUGGUAAUUUUUCGUCUCAUCCAGAGUUGGGAGGACUUAGAGGGAUA